GACAGCACUGCGCUCGAGCGCACAGCGCUGCUCAUAACGCCCGUCGGUUAUCAGGCUUCGCGAAUGGGCAAGGGCGCAACGCGCAUACCUGGGACACUGGCGCCGGUCGACUUAGUGUCAGGUGCAGCAGUGGCAAAAGCACAAUCUCAGAACAAAAUUCAUGAUAAUAUGCACAUGGAACAAGAUUUCGUACCCGUAGACCCGAUUGCGGAACUAGCCAUGAACAAGCGCAUACGGGAG